AUGAUCUUUGGUUGCCUACUCAUAUGCACAGAUCAAGAUCAAGAAGGCAACGGAGUGGCGACGGCGUGGGCGGUGCCCGGUGGUGCGGCGACGGGCGAGGCCGACUCCGCGUGGAGGCGUGCGCGGAGCCCGUGCGACGGCGGCAGCUUCGGCUGGCGCAGCAUUGGCGGGGCAGCUCGGCCAGCGACGGCGAAACCCGGCACGGCACAGUGGCGGCAGUGCGUGGCGUGGUGGCGGCGGUGCAUGGCAGGCGGAGGCCGGCACGGUGGCACUGGUGGCGGCGGGGUGACGGCUGGUGGCAGUGGUUUGGUCGUGGGAGCGAAGGAGGCGACGGCGGCGCCUGGUGGUGGUCGUGGCGGCGCGGUGCUCGGUGACGACGGCGGCGGUGUCCUCCAGAUCCGUGCGACUCGGCUGGAUCUGGAGGGUGGCUGGCGGUGGUGGCUGCGGCAGCUAGCGGCGGCGGCGGAGGACAAGGCGGCGGCGUAG